CAGCCCGCGGCUCUCCUUGCGGCCGCGCUGCGGGAGGGAGCCAUGGCGGCGGGGGAUGCGUUUCUGAGAGCCCGGGGCAGGACUCUGACCGCCUUCCGCCAAGAUGAUGAGUACCAAUGGAAGGGGCCCUUCUACUUCAUCCAAGGAGCAGAUCCUCAGUUUGGACUUUCGAAAGCUUGGGCAGUUGGAGACACUGACAAUGGUGAUGAUGAAUGGGGAGAAGACAUCAAACUAGCAGAGCAAGCAGUGCAGGCCAUUAACAAACUAAACCCUAAACCCAAGUUUUUUGUGCUGUGUGGAGACCUUAUCCAUGGAAUGCCAGGAACUAAAUGGAGAAAGGACCAGGAGCAAGACUUAAAGAAUGUUCUGAAGAACACUGACCAGGACAUCCCAUUGGUAUUUGUCAGUGGAAAUCAUGAUAUUGGCAACACUCCAACCAGAGAGACAAUAGAGAAUUAUUGCAAGAACUGGGGGGAUGACUACUUCAGCUUUUGGCUUGGAGGCGUUUUCUUCCUUGUGCUGAAUUCUCAGUUAUACUUUGAUUCUUCCAAAUGCCCGGAGUUAAAGCAAGCCCAGGAUGUGUGGCUCAACGAGCAACUGGCUGUUGCUGAAAAAUAUAAAUGCAAGCAUAUAAUAGUAUUUCAGCACAUCCCUCUGUUUCUGAGGAAACCUGAUGAAGACCAUGAUUAUUUCAACUUUGAAAAAUCAGUUCGUCAAGAGAUAAUGGACAAGUUUCAUAAAGCAGGCAUUAAAGCUGUAUUUUCUGGACAUUACCACAGGAAUGCUGGAGGGUCCUACAAAGGCCUGGAAAUGGUGGUUUCAUCAGCAAUAGGAUGUCAGCUGGGAGAAGAUACCCAUGGGCUUCGAGUGGUUGUUGUCACAGAUGAAAAGAUUGUUCAUAGAUACUACAGUUUAAAUGAACUGAGCAGCCAAGGCAUAGAGAAAGAGCUGCUAGAUAUGCUUGCAAAGCAAAACUAGACUAUGCCAAAUUAUGUGGUUUUUCCUCCAUGUUAGACAAAUAGGAGUUUCAGUUAGAAAUUACACAGGUUUUUUUUCAGUUAGAAAAUUUACACUUUCAAUUAGAAAUUAAGACAGUUUCAGAAAGUUUCCCCAAGCUGAAGAUAGAGAUGUCUGUGCAGCACGCCCAGACCAGCUCUCACUUUAUCAUCAUCCUAAAUAACAAGGAAUUGUUGCUGUAUUUCUCCUUUUGCAAAGGAGACCUAUGAGGAAUAUGGAAGAAGAGCAGAACUAAUACAGUAAUGUUUCCUUGAAAAGAACUGCUCUGAGAAUUGUUACUUUCCUCCUAGAUAAGCAUUUUGUAUUAGAGAGAAAGUGUAUCAAAGAGCAAGAGUUGUAGCUUCUAGAUAACUCUUUAACUCAUGUCUAUUUUAUUUUUAUAUUUGAGAGAUUAUUUAAAAAUCAAUAAAUCCAGUCAUUUCUCUUACACUCUGGACAAUAUAAAUGGGGCAUUUUUUAACUCUAUAAAAACACAUCUCAAAAACUCUGAAAUUAACAGCCUCCCACUGACUUUCAUCAACCUUUGGGUAAGAACUUGUUACCUAGAGGUUAUGUUUUCUCCAAUUUUCCAACUUUCUUUUCUUAGCAGCAAUAGGAGAGCAAACACCUUGUGUUUUGCAGUCACAGCUUGGGUUUCUCUUAUAGCCUAGCUUUAUAUAAUGAAAAGUCUAUAAAUAUAAUAAUUAUUCAUAAAAAUAAGCUAAUAUUAAUGCCACUGACAGACACUAGACACGGAAUGACUACUUUUGAAAUUUAACUACCAUUCAGAUAGUGCAUGUUUUCACUGUGGCUUCAGAAGUUGGAAUAAUUGCAUGGGGAGAAUAUUCUGUACAGAAUACUGUUACCUGAAGUCAUCUUACUGAUUCCUAGACAAGUGGAAAACUUUCAUUUCCAAAUGCAAUUUAACAGUGCCUUGUUAAAAGCCCUAAAAAUUUUAUUUUCCUCACUGGAAUAAUUAUUUUAAAAUAAAUUACAUAAAAGAUGUUUAUGUGCUACAAUCCACCUUUCUUUUGUGUGUGUAUCUGAUUUGCUUAAUGUUAAAUAAAUACAAAGUCUUAAUGUAA